AUGGAGAGGCCACUCAUGCACAACACGGGGGUGUACCAGCCCGAGGACUACUAUGAGGAACCGCCACCCCCACCGCCACCACGACCGGUUCAGGGAGUCCAGGAGCAUGAGAUUGAUGCCGAGGAAGAAAGAGCUGUCCAUAUCUCAUUAUGGGUAUGCUCCCCACACUUCGCUCCGGAGUCGAUCGAUGUCGCUGUUGCGUUUCCCCUGGACAUACAGCACAUGUACGACAUCGUUCUCGACUCUGUUGACGGUAUGGGGCAGAACUGGCUCACACAUACAAUGGUUACCACUCCGCAAAUCAGCGAGGACUAUGUCAGUGUGAUCCUGGCACCACCCUGGGUACUUAUGAGUGGGCGAUAUAUCGUCUUGAUCGAUGCGAGGGGUGUGGACCAGAAUCUUGGUGCUGUUUACUGGGAGGGCCCCGUUACCAGACGACGAGUGCUCCGAGCCUUGGACGGCCGCCCGGCUGACGACUGGGAAGUCUAUGCAUUUGGGGCCCUGGUGCCGCUUGGACAUGACGAGGCCGUUGACCCGAUCCAAGCAGGGGUUCUCCAAGUUCGACAUCGAGGAGAGCCAGCAGAAUGGGCAUCCGAAGCGGACUUACGAUUGGUGGAUCCGGCACGAUGGAACCCGCGAGCCCCUCACCCUGAGGUGCAAAGGGGUCGCUUCAUUGAGUUCCAGGCCGAGGAGGACAGAUUCCUGCACGCAGUGGACCGCAAUGCAGCUCGGACGCCCAUACAGAUUGCAUGCAACGAGCUGCAGCGAGACAGCACUACAACAUGGUUGAGGGCCCCAACCGAUCGCCCUCGACACUUGUGCCACUUUGGACAAUGUGUACACACCAUCGUGGCCGUGGUCUCGGAGAUCAGGCAUCCGACAGCACGAUACAAUGCUGUGAUCAUGGACCUGCGAGGAGUCGGACUUUGGCCUCAAUGGGUGGCCAUUGAGGGCAACAUGAUGAACCCGGGCGAGUACGUGGACGGACUGCACAUCCCCUACCCUGAAGGAUAUUCUGUUGUCGUCUUGGGAGGCCGCAAGGCAGACGAUGGGAUUCACCUCCAUGUCAGAGACGGGGAGCUACUGGAGGAAGAGGACUCCGAUAGCUCGGAUGACCCUAUGGAUGAUGAGGAAGACAACAGCGAUGGAGAGGAUGCUCUCCCGAAUUCCUCCGAUCUGUCUCCGGGUUCACCACCAAGGGGACCGGGACCAUUUGGACCACCGCCCCCAGUCCCGGUCCACUACGACCGUAGCCGAAGCCCGAGAAGACGCGAGCAUUGCGGCUUGGCUCAGAACAAGAUCCUCGAGCUGUACGAGCACCUGCCCCCGGCCACCCACAACAUAGCCGAGGAACUCAUUGAGCUCCCGCAUAGGCCUGAUGAUAUCGCCACUACCUUCAGAGUGUGGCCCAGUGAUUGGUUGGGCUUCGACACAGGAUCCUUGGACCUCAAGGAAGUCACCAAGACGGCACUACAUGGACUACCUCAUUGGAGCCAGCUGUUGCAGGCGCGAGGCAAUGGGGACAAGCUGACGGCGCAUCUCUACGUGGACGGUUCGCACUACGAGAAGCCCGGAAAGCGGGCUUUGGUGUUGCCAUAG